UUUGUCUAUGACCUAGAUAUUUGACAGGAAGUCAAUCAAUAAUUCAAUCUCAUUAAUUUGGCCGCUAUUUAACUUAAUACACAGAAAUAAUUGUAAUACUAUUACUACUACAACUGACUCACAAAAUACAGGCCGAUAACACUUUUCAAUCGACUAAUUUAGAGUCAAAUUGAUAGGUGUUUGGUGGAGAGCAUGUGAGUAUAUUGAAUUUUUAUUGGUCAAUAUUAUCAUGUGUGCAUGCACAAACUGAAACUCAAGAGAUGCGCGUGUAUUGACGUGUGUACAAGUCAGACGAGUAUACUUAAUGCAGGAGAUUAGAUAUCCCGAUCAUUCGGUGAAGUAUUGCGGAAUAGUUAAAAUAUUUGUUUGGACUACAAAAUUACUGUAUUAAGAAUGUUUUAUGAGAAAGUUGAAAGUGAUGAAUUACCCAGUAUUACUGAAAGUAAUUCUGGACUUAAAUCUCCUUCUUCCUCCACCUCACCGUCAUCGUCAUAUGGAUGCAUAGGUAAUUCAAAGAAUUUCAUUUAUCCAACCAAAAUUAGUUCACGUAUCCUAGAAGAUGCAGCUUUACAAUUAUGGUCAAGUUUAAAUUUGGACAGAGUUAAUUUCAACUGUGAAUUAAUGCAAUUAACUGCAAAAUUACAUCAAAAUAUUGCUACAGUUGCUGCCAGUUUAAACCAUCAUCAACAACAAUAUCACAAUAUGAAUGAUAAUAAAUUAAAUCGAAUUUUACAGUCAUCAACUUUCUCAUGUUGUUCAUCGUUAUCAACCUCAACAACAUUUUCAUCUACUCCAGUUAUACAUGAAAGUGUACAAACCAGUAUAAAUGAUAAUAAUAAUAACAAUAAUAAUAAUAAUGAUAUAGCAUUAUCAAUAACCAACUAUUCAAAUGUAUCGCAUAUUGCUCAACUAGCAUCUGCAGCUAACUUUUUCAACUCUAGGAUAAAUUUACCUUAUCCAGCUGAUUUUUAUUUUAGCUGUACUAAUGAUGAUAUUGUUUUUCGUCAUACUGUUGUCACUACUACACCUGCUAGUACAUGUACACUAACAACAACUACCACGACCACAACCCUAAUUAAUACACCUGUCAAUGUGUAUGAGAAUAAAAUUGAUAUCUGUUCAAUUAAAGACUCUAAUGAGGAUCCAAAUGUUAAUGAAAUUUUAAAAAAUAAUUACAAGACUCCUGAACAGACACAUGAACAACAACUACCAGCAGAUUCUAACUUCUGUAAACCAUUAGCUGAUCAAGUACAGUUACCAGAAGAAACAUUACAACAACAACCUGAAACUUCGAUAGAGUUGACAAAAUCGAAGCAAACAUUGUACAGUUGUACUAUAUGUCGUCAAAGGUUUCAUUCAAAUACUGGUUUAAGACGGCAUAAUCUAGCUUUGCAUGCAACUAAAGCAAUGAGAUGUGAUCAGUGCGUCAAAGUAUUUCGACACCAGGCUGCUUUAUCAGAUCAUAAAAAGCGUGUUCAUGGUCCACGUGAAUACAUUUGUGGAAUAUGCUCAGCUGAUUUUGCAACUGAAACUUACCUACGUUCACAUGUACGCAUCCAUGACGAGAAGAGAUUUAUUUGUUUAGAAUGUAAACAUGGAUUUUCAAAUCCUUCUGAUUUAAAAAAUCAUAUGAGAAUACAUAAUGGGGAAAAACCAUUCGAAUGUGAAGUAUGCGGUAAAGCGUUUCGCCAUGUCAGUGGAUUUUAUGCUCAUAUACGUAUUCAUACAGGAGAAACACCAUAUCAAUGCGAAUUAUGUGCUAAAAAGUUUAGUAAUGCAAGUAACUUCCGUAUGCAUAGAAGAGUACAUACAAAAGAAAUGCAAUUUCGAUGUCAAACAUGUGGCAAAGAAUUUAUUCAACCAAGUAAUUACAGUCGACACUUACGUAUACAUACAAAAGAAAGACCAUAUUCUUGUAAUCUUUGUUCAGCUGAAUUUCUCUACUCCACUUCACUUAAACGACAUCAACAAAAAUAUCAUGGAUUAGAAUUAAUAAGAUGUCAAUUGUGUCAAAAAACAUUUCUUAAUGAAUCAUGUCUUAUUCGACAUCGUACUGGUUGUGAACUACGUGCUUGUAUUAAAACUGCUGAUGAAGAGUUAUAUGCUCAAUUAUUAUAAGAAAAUACAAGAAAAAGAAUUAUAUUUUAUCAGUACUGAUAAGUAAAGAUUUAAAAUUAAGAAAACAAAAAAAAAAUUUAUUUUGUUUAACUUUUUUUUAUUUGCUUAAAAUUAUUAACAUUACAAAAAAGUUUUUUUGUUGGUAUUCUUUCUUUUGUUAUACAUAUUUUUGGAUAUAUUUUACACCUUUUUUUUAUAAUAAACAUUAAAAUAUUGUCUCCUUUGAACUAUUCUGUUGAAGUUGAAAAACUGGUUGUAUAAGUUUUAUCUUGACAAUUUCUCCUUUUUCCUUUUUGUUUAACAACACUUUUGAUAGGCUAACACGCUUAUAUUUUCGUUGAUAUCAGUGAUAAAAAUAAUUUUAAAGUGUUAUUAAUAAUGAUAUUUGUAGGGAUUUAUUGUAACAAUGAGAUGAUUUUGAAGGUGAAAUUAGUGGUAAAUGAAUAGUUAAGAUUAUUAUUAUUAUUAUUAUUAUUAUUAUUAUUAUUAUUAUUAUUAUUAUUAUUAUUAUUUGUCCCUUGGGUUCCUAGUGGAACAUUUGGUUUCAUUAGCACAUCUCCAUUGCACUCCUUUCACUGCAGUCUUUUCAACCUGGUCCCACAACUGUCCACAAGCUCCCCUUUCUUACUCACACUGUCUCCGCAAUGUCACCCUCACCUCCGAUGCCGAACACGUCGUUUCCCCCUUCACUUCCACUCGACGGCCUGGUCUGGUGCAUGAUGUUCACAAACUGUCUUCUCAGUGUAUGCCGAAUUCAUCUACGCAUAUUUGUUGGGUGACAGCUUCUUCAUUGGUUCGUCACCAGCCAGAGUUCCUUCUUGCUCAUUCUUAUUAUUCUGGCCAUCUGAUCUUCAGUGUCAGUGUCAGUGUCAGUAUUGAGUGAGCGUAGGUGGUGGAUGUUGAUGAAUGUCUGUAGUUUGUUUGAAAUGCUUUGUGUAAUGUGCUAAGUUUUUGAAGCGUAUGGAAGCACUGACUUGACUGUUGUUGGUGUUGAAACUCCGCAUCUUGUUUAAACUUUAUGCUGAGUGCAGUUGAGAGCAGUAGAUCUGCACACUGAUUUCAGAUUAGUGAAGCCUGUUUUGUUGUCUUAUCGAUCCUUGUUUUAAUAUGUUUAUGUGUGCCGUGUCUUGUAGUUGAAACGAUGUUGCGUAUGCGGGUAGGUGAGAGAGACAAUUUCCUUUGAGUUUCUCUCGUUGAUGUUGAUUGAUGUUUGUUGUUGAUGCUGUUUUUGUUUGGGUAUCUUCUUCACAUCUGUCUUCUCUACAUUCACUUAAAUAUUCAAGUUGGUGGAUAUUAACUCACGGUAGAGUUUAACCAUACAUUCUAACUGAAAAUCUAUAAAUCUUUAGCCUUCAAUUACUUUUUUAAAGGCGGUAAUUACCUUAGAAAUGAUGUGAACUAGAUUUCCAAUUAUUUUGAUAGGUGACAAUGCUUUUCACUAUUAAAAGGUAUGCUAAACAUGACGAUUAUAUUAUCAUAGACAUAUACAGAUAUUUGUAAUGUACGUCAUGCUUAACAUGUGAAGACUGCGACUCACUACAUUAUAUGUCAAAACGAAAAACAGAUUAGUGAUCCAUUGAUCUGGUAGUUUUAAUUGGUUUGCAUAUACAUUUCACAGACUUUUUCUCAAAGCAAACAAUAAUAAGUAAAUGAUAUGGAAUAUUAUAAAGAUAAUACAUGUGCAAGUUCUAGGCGAAAAGUUUGAACAUCGGAAACAGGUUGAUUGAAAUAAGUGAUCACCUAUGUCUGUUGUACACUAUGGCAGAGUGUAAGUCCAUAGAAGACAACUUUAUUUGAUAUCGUGCAUAGUGUACCACAGUAUUAGUUACUGGAUGAAAUUCUGAGCACACUUUAUUUCUUAUAAGCAUAUUGAAGUAACUACCCAAUUUUCAAUACCUUCAUUUUAUUCCUCUAGAAGCAAAAUAAAGAAAACUUGUUGAAAUAUAAGAAAGAAAACUGAAAAUUUUGUGGUUAUCUUGACAUGCUGAUCAGGAAUAAACUGCACCUAGAACCUUAUCCAGUAAAUCGAAUUAUUCCAAAGAUCACCGUAGCAUAUAGUGAAGUAGCCAGUCUCGUGCUUCUAUUUUGACGGGAUACGUAAUUUUUCAUAAAACAAAGAAACAUGACUUACUAUUUCAGUAAAUGUCACGGCAAACUUUAGAGCCACUUUAAGUAGUCUUCUUGAGUAAUAGCUGGAUUAACGUUGGCAAAAUCUUACUACCAAGCAAUCACCAAUUAGAUCAGUAAAGGUACACCUGAUACGCAUACUCUAAUUUGAGUAGGAGAAGAAAAUAUGGUUUCACCUAUUUACUGUCCCAUGGUUUCUAGAUGUUUUCCGGUUUUUUCUCAUAAAUCAGGGAGAUGAUUAUUUAACCUAAUCAUCAUUAUUGUAGUAUCUCAGUCUGCAGAAGUUGUGAGCACAAGAACUUUAUGAAGGCAAACUGUUUUCAAAAACCUUUCGAACAACCUUCCAUUACAUCUUGUGUAACAGGAAAUUAGCUCCACAAACGUUAACAAUAUGAAUAUAGCCUCCAUGGAUGCGGAAGUUAAGAUGGGACUUGCUUUUUAUUUCUCCAACUUCGUCACAAAGUUUCGCACCACCCGGCUGUAUCAGUCGCAUAUACAAGUUUAUACACUUACUAUCUACGGUACAGACAUAGUAUUCAUACGUCGCCACUAACACGCAAAUCUACACGAAAAUAUUCACAUAUUUAAAUCAGUGACUAAUGAAGAAUUUGCAGCUGAGUAGGCUACUGUCACAAAUUAGACUUCAGUCGGGAAAUGUAAGAUUUCUACUGAAAAGACAGUGUAUUAGAAGAAGAUAGGGAAUUUAAGGUGUGACUAAAGCAUUUCUAAAAGUCUGUACCACAAUUUUUUUUUAUCACUGUCUAUUUUGCAACAAAACUGAGCUUAAUUACUUCUUAUUAAAUUCAGACUUAAGCAGAAUAAUAAAACUAUUGAUACACUUCUCAUACUUUAGACAAUUCAUCUAUUUCCACUUUAUUUAUUUUGCAGUCACAUGAAAUACAUCUCCAUUUUGAUGCAUUCUAUCACACCUUUAUUAUCAUUAUCUUCUAACAUUCAUAUCCUAACAGGAGUUUCUGGCUUCAACUUGAAAAAAGGUGAAGUGUAGUUCAUUUUCUCUUGAGGAAAUUAUGCAUAACUAAAAAAGACAUUUUGGUACAAUUGAUAAAUCCACUCUUAAGCUGAAAAAUAUAAAAAUGCACAGAUUGUUCUGAGAUGGUUUACCUCCUGUUUUGCGGAAACAGGUGAAUAGUUAUAGGUUAGUAAGACAGAUAGUAUUUAUUUAUGUGCUUGUAUCACUAUUAUAAUCUAGUUCGAAGUAGAACUGAAUAAUAAAGUAAGAAAAUAGUUUAUUACUUAUUUUUACCGAAGAAAUAUGAAGUUUUUCUCAUAAAGUCAAAUUUAAUGUACAUAACUAAAGAUUACACUGAAUUAUGUAUAACCAAACGCGUUUAUCGAAACAUUACUGAUAGUGCUUCAUGUCUGUGGAACUAAACUUAUUUAUGUAAGAAUGCACCUAUAACUUGAUUUUAGCCCUGAUCACUUCAGUUUCAUUCCAUAUAUAUAACAUUAGACAGUGACAGACCAAAAAUUGUUUUGUUCAAUGGAGUCCAGAAGAGAUUACACUUGAGAUUCAGAGCAAGAAACGUUUCGCUCACGAAGUUGAUUAUCAUAUCAUAUGUAUUUUAGAUUUGUCUCCUGUUUGUUAAAGCGGUUGUCACAGACUUCUCACUGUACUGUCAUUGUCUGAAUCACUACGUUUCACCAAAAUGAUUGAAAUAGAACUCUUCCAUCUGACCUCUGCAUACAUAAGGAGAGUCUGAUAGUCUCUCACUCUCUCGGUCAAUAUGAUUUGAUCCCGUUUGAUUUUCAUUCUAAUUACGUAACUCGUUGUUUAUUUAUUAUGAUUACUUUUACGUUCCUUACAUUCCUAACCUCCCAGUACAACUAAUUUAUUUACAGGUUUUAUGAAUUAUCAAUAAUUUCAUUGUACGAUUUGAAAUUAUUGAUGUCCUAAAUUUGGAAUAUCUUCUACCGUAAUAACCAUUGUACUUUUAGGCAGUUGAAGAGUAUUCCUGAAAUAUACGAUAUCAGAUCUCAUCACUGUUAUUAUCACUAUUAUUAUUAUUUGUCCCUUGGGUUCCUAGUGGAACAUUUGGUUUCAUUAGCACAUCUCCAUUGCACUCCUUUCACUGCAGUCUUUUCAACCUGGUCCCACAACUGUCCACAAGCUCCCCUUUCUUACUCACACUGUCUCCUCCAUGUCACCCUCACCUCCGAUGCCAAACUCGUCGUCUCCCCUUUCACUUCCACUCGACGGCCUGGCCUAGUGCAUGAUGUCCACAAACUGUCUUCUCAGUGUAUGCCGAAUUCAUCUACGCAUAUUUGUUGGGUGACAGCUUCUUCAUUGGUUCGUCACCAGCCAGAGUUCCUUCUUGCUCAUUCUUAUUAUUCUGGCCAUCUGAUCUUCAGUGUCAGUGUCAGUGUCAGUAUUGAGUGAGCGUAGGUGGUGGAUGUUGAUGAAUGUCUGUAGUUUGUUUGAAAUGCUUUGUGUAAUGUGCUAAGUUUUUGAAGCGUAUGGAAGCACUGACUUGACUGUUGUUGGUGUUGAAACUCCGCAUCUUGUUUAAACUUUAUGCUGAAUGCAGUUGAGAGUAGUAGAUCUGCACACUUUCGUCAUUCUUACUCUAUUCAAGAUAAUGCCUAGUGAUGGAAAAUUUAAUGGACAGAAAUUGGAAGAAUAUUGAUAUUCAUAUAAGUUGAACGUCCUAAUUCGUUUGUGUUGUCAUGUCAGUUUCUUUCUGUUGAUAUUUCAGAAUUUCUUAGUGAGUCUUUGUGUUCAUUUGCAAGUAGAGAAUAUUGAUGUAAUGCGAUUCAAAGUAUGCCAGGAAACUGUAUUAAAAUUUGACUUGUAAACUGUCUAGUGAGGAAUAGUUUGAAUGAGUAAUUCACCAAAUAUUAGUCAAUUUGGCAUCAAUACGGCUUGAACUAUUUGGAUUUUUUUCUUCUGCUAGUAUUUGGUAACUGGUUGAUUGGAAUCAAGUGUUCUGAAGCUGUGAAUGCUUGUAUUACAUAUAUGACCUUUUGACCGUCUAGAAAUGUUAAACAUAAAUAGGUAAGGUAGUUAAGACUUCAUAGAUGUGUUCAAGUGGUGAAUACGGCUGACGAAAUCUAACUUGUUACAUAACAAAAAUUUAAAUGAUCUUGAAAAGCAGAGCAACUGAUCUUGAUAUAUUAUCAUGUAAUUGAAACAUAGAGUUAAACUAUAAUCAUUAAUAAGGUUAGUGUUGUGUAUUGAAAAUGUUUCCAAAGGAUUAACUUAAAUUCACUGAUUAAUUGACUGGUCAAAGCAGACAUCAGUCUAACUGCUGUCCCCAUUUUUACUAGACACUGUUCAAUAUAAGCACAAAAAGAAAAUCAUUUUCGGUUGUUUUCUGAUACUUUACUUUUAGUGAUUUUAUGAUAACUUCCAAUUUUACUGCAACUGUUGUCUGACUCGGUGAGACAAUAAGAUAAAAAAUUUAUAAAAGCCUAAUAUAGGCAUCAUCGUAUUC